AUGCCCGAUAACUUCACCAAGAAGCCCAGCCGAUCCGCAGGCCCAUGGCUAUGCUCCUUCGAUCCGACUCAAGAGCAAGAAUACGCGGAUCCGGGCUUUCUCAGCUACGCCGUCGACCCGAAAUACCAAAUACUUGUUCUACAAACUGCUCCCGUACAGCGAUGA